UCGGGAAGUUUUGUGAUCUAACAGAGCGGAGAGCAACGCAAUUCAGCCCAACCGACUAGCCCUUUCAUCCACAACUCAACAACUCUUUCACCUCUUUCAAGAUUCAGUCAAUAGUUAUGGGAUGCUUUCCGCGGUCCUUGAAGCUGCGGCUUUGUCUGAAGCGAAAAACAACGACACCCGGUCUGCAGUUAAGCGGCAGCCCAAAAGCCUGGGAGCAGCCCCCUGAUUGUAAAGAACUAUUUGGCGAUGUCUACGAUAAGCAGGUCCAACUAUCGACGGUUUUGGAAUCCGCUGCCCAAUGUUCGCGGUGCUGGGCCUUGGGAGAAAUUCUGAAUUAUGUCACAGAUCUCAGGAGUGCCAGCACUGUCCUGUUAGAAAGUAUCUGGCAUGACAACACGCUCGAAAUCGGGGUCAUCAGGCCAGGAGACACCUUUGAGACAGCACCGGGAUAUAAGAUUUAUGAAAUUGGUGACAGGUACAAGGGUGAACGACCCUUGUUGGACCCCAUACUACCCAUGUCAAUUUCCGCCCCAUCAGGUCAACUCCCGAACAUCGUUUUGCCCUCGCGAAAGAAUGGCUUUCAUAAUGCUUGUAAUGAAUAUGAUGCAGAGUAUCUAUUGCCGAGGCGACUGUUGGAUAUUUCAGACGUCGAACACAUCCGCUUAGUAAAUACGCAGCACCAAGAACUUCAUCCACGGACGGGGUAUGUCGCCCUCAGCUACUGCUGGGGCAAACAAGGGAACCUUUGCACCAACACAGCCAACCUCAAACAACAUGCAGCCGGAAUCCCGAUGCUGUCACUUCCUUCCACCAUCAGAGACGCAGUCAUUGCCUAUAUACACCUCUGCCAGCGUUAUCUAUGGGUCGACGCCCUUUGCAUCAUCCAGGAUGAUCCACGCGACAAAAUGGCACAGAUUCCUCAGAUGGCCGACAUUUACUCCGGCGCACUUCUUGUUCUGUCUGCUGCUGGCUCUUCAGGCUCGCUUGAGGGCUGCCCACUUGGGCCACCCGAGAUGCAGCCCUCUCCACCAAAGAUAAUACGAGAAACAAUUGUCGUAGAGCAAAUGGAGCACGAGCGGUGCCGAUCUCUACCGGGACACUGGGCACACGAAACCUUUGAUCAAGAUCCCACAGACGCCCUCAACGUUGUUGAGGAACGUGGAUGGACAUUUCAGGAACGAUUCUUAGCCAAGAGAUCGCUGUAUAUUGGAAAAGGAGAAAUGUCAUGGACGUGUGCCACCGAGGUGCAAUGCGAAUGCAAGAAUCCUAGUCCACACAUCAAGACAGAGGCAGGGGACCGUGUAUUUACUCGGAGAUACGGCAUCAAUCACAUGUCGGUAAACAAGCUGUUCUCCGAGGCUGAACUCAGCAAAACGUACUCGUACCUGUGGUCUGCUAUAGUUGCAACCUACUCGGGCCGUCUGUUCACGCAGUUCGGCGAUAGAGUCGCGGCCUUAGAGGGUAUUGCUGUGGCUUUGCAACGGAGGUGGCCGAACAUUUACAAAAGGGACGAAUAUUUCUUUGGGUGCUGGUUAUCGCUUUUACCGGACCUGCUCUUGUGGCAUGCCUCUGGAGAACCUGUCUCGGAACAGAUAUAUCCGGAUCUGUUUCCCUCAUGGGCGUGGCCCUCCUGUGGAAGACCUGUCAGUUCCAUCAGUUGGGUAUGGUACGGGGUCGAUCCAAAAUUAUGGGUUGAGCUGCUCGAUUUCGAAGUCAAAGAGCCUCCGCCAGCGGCGGUGUCUGGGCAAGGAGGAGGAACAGUGACGUUGAGGGGACCUUUAAUUCCUGUGAAGCGAGAGGUUGUCACAUAUGAAGAAAAUGAGGAGGAGGUGGUAUAUGUCCCGAUCGACACACAGCUUUCUUUCAUGGCGAGAGGUGCGUCUCUGGAUCAUGGUGACGGGGACCCAGAUACGGAAAGGGUGAGCCAUCUUGCGCGUGUAGGAAGCUACCCCUUCAAGCUACAGGAGAAAAACAAGCAGUUGUCCUGCGCAAUGCUAUUUCUUGCGCCCAUCACGGGCAGGCAGGAAAAUAUCUUUCGCCGAGUGGGUAUGGUUCUGUUGUCAAGGACAAAGCAAGCUUUCUUGGGGGCUGAGUUUCCACGACUGUUGACUCCUCAUGUCACCGACUACAAGCCCACCUGA